GCUCUAAUCAAUUUGAUUCCACAGCUCCUCAAUUAUCCAUCCAAUCGCCAUCCAAAGUGGUCCAUUUCAGUGGAUCCCAUGGCAAUUGAUAUGCUAUAUCUUCACUUUACAGAAAGUGACUUCAAUUGCGUGACACAAGCUGAAUCAAGCCAUGCUAAACAAUAAUCUAAUCUAACAUACCUCUCACCAAUUACAUCCUCUUCCUUCUCUCGCUCCAAAACAUUCCCCUUGAUCAACAGUGACACUGCAUGAAAGCCAAGUUUGUCUUUAUGUUUUAGCCCAUGAUUCUGUCAUCCAUCAUCCACAGUCGUGGCCUUUCUCUUCUCCUUUUCUUGAAGAUGCAUCCAAAGCUAUGCCCGCAUUAUAGUGGCACCAACAUCCUGGCCCUCUUUCAUUUCAAAGCAAAUGCUUGUCACUGCUAAUGAACCAGCUUCUACUUUAAUGGGGGCAACAAGGUUUUUGGUGUCGAGGGUUCCGUCAUCUGCACGCCAUCGUCUGAUAGCGAUGGAGGAAUUGUAAUGGAUGGAUGGAUGCAUGCAUGCAUUGCUCGGCAUCCAUCAAGCAGGAUGAGAUGCUGCUUGAACCGGACAAAGUGGUACUGCCGAGUCUUGGCACUCUAUAAAUUCACAUCAAUACCUUCCAUGCUUCCUUCCCCUUCAGUAGAACAUCCCACUGUGACCGAGAUCUUUCUUGGAUCUUCCAUUCUCCGGAAAAUUUGUGACCAUGUAUCCAGGUGAGAUUGCCAGCAUUAGAUACCUUUCACCAUCGUGUAUGCCUUCUUGCCAGUCUCAGUACCACAUGGCUGAGAACAGCAUCCCCUCCUCCUUCCACCUGAGCGAUGUCUUUGGAUGUUGCUCCCCGAACCAAGCUCAGAGCUCGCCUUUGAUGCAUGAAGUCGGCCUUCCAAACAACGGCAUCCCCUCCUUCCACCUGAGCGAUCUCUUUGGAUGUUGCUCCCCGAACCAAGCUCAGUGCUCGCCGUUGAUGCAUGAAGUCGGCCUUCCAAACAACAGCGUGGUCGAGGCGGAAGAGCAGCGACUGUGCUGGGCCGAGGAGCGGAGGAAGAGGAGGAUGAUAUCCAACAGAGAGUCCGCGCGGCGAUCGCGCAUGCGCAAGCUGAAGCAACUCAGCGAGCUGCGGUCGCAGGUUGCCCAUCUCCGGUCUGCAAACGGCCGGCUCCUCGAUGAUCUCAACCGUGCCAUGAGAGAGCGCGAUCAGGUCCUCCGUGAGAAUGCCCAGCUCAGAGACAAAGAAACAGAGCUCCAGAAGAAGCUGGAGAAGCUGCCACCUGAACAUAGUUGUGUUCCACAAAAUCCAGAAGAACUCGGCUCGGAUUACAGUUGAAUCCUCCUUUUUGUGUUCUUCCCUUCUGAACUCUCUCAUCUCUCUCAGCGUGAUUAAGCGGGUAGGCUGCAUGCACAAGUUUACCAUGCAAAUAAUUAAUGCUCUUGCAU